AUGGACACGUCCCCAAAUAUACACAUGUCCCAGCCCAUAUGCCUCAUUGAGAAUGUAAAAGGACAACUGAGAACCAAUCAGAAGGCCCUGGAGAUCCUGUCAGCCAUCACUCAGCCUGUGGUGGUGGUGGCGAUCGUGGGCCUCUACCGCACAGGAAAAUCCUACCUGAUGAACAAGCUGGCUGGGAAGAGAACAGGAUUCUCUCUGGGUUCCACUGUGCAGGCUCAUACAAAAGGAAUCUGGAUGUGGUGUGUGCCUCAUCCCCACAAGACAGACCACACACUUGUUCUGCUUGACACCGAGGGCCUGGGCGAUGUGGAGAAAGGUGACAAGCAGAGUGACUGCUGGAUCUUUGCCUUGGCUAUUCUUCUAAGCAGCACCUUUGUCUACAACAGCAUGGGAGCCAUCAAUCAGCAGGCCAUGGACCAGCUGCACUAUGUGACAGAGCUCACAGAUAGGAUCCGAGCAAGAUCCUCCCUUGACCAGGACGAUGGGGUGGAAGACUCAGCUGAAUUUGUGAGCUUCUUCCCUGACUUCAUGUGGACUCUGAGGGAUAUGACCUUGAAGAUGGAAGUAGAUGGACUCCCAGUCACAGCAGAUCAAUACCUGGAGAUUUCUCUGAAGCUCAAGGAAGGUUCCUGCAGAGAAGUUGAAAAAUACAACCUACCCCGACUCUGUAUCCGUAAGUUUUUUCCAAAGAAGAAAUGUUUUGUCUUCUAUCCACCCACUGAGUGGAAAAAGCUUUCCCAGCUGGAGACAAUACAAGAAAAUGAGAUCGAUUCUGAGUUUUUGCAGCAAGUAGCAGAAUUCUGUUUAUACAUCUUUAAGGAGUGCAAAGCCAAAACUCUUCCAGGAGGAGUCAUUGUCAAUGGCCCACGACUAGAAACCCUGGUGCUGACCUAUGUUACUGCUAUCAACAGCGGGGAUCUCCCCUGCAUGGAGAAUGCAGUCCUGGUUCUGGCACAGAUAGAGAACUCAGAAGCAUUGCAAAAAGCCAUCAGCCACUAUGACCAACAGAUGAGUGAGAGGGUGCAGCUGCCCACAGAGACCCUCCAGGAGCUACUGGACCUGCACAGGACCUGUGAGAGAGAGGCCAUAGAAAUCUUCCUCAGGACUUCCUUUAAAGAUGAAGACCAUUCAUUUCAAAUGAAAUUAGGGUCUCAGUUAGAAGAAAGGUGGAAUGACUUGUGUAAACAGAAUACAGAAGUGUCAUCAAACCAUUGCUGGACAUUGCUUCAGGAUAUCUUCAAACCUCUUGAAGAAGGUGUGAAGCAAGGCACUUAUACUAAGCCAGGAGGUUACUAUCUCCUUGUUCAGGAGAUAGGGAGGCUGAAGGAAAAGUACCAUGAGCAGCCAAAGAAGGGAUUACAGGCUGAAGAGGUUCUGCAAAAAUAUUUACAAUCCAAGGAGGCUAUUUCUAAUGCAAUUUUACAGACAGAUCAGAGUCUGACAGAAAAAGAAAAGGAGAUUGAAGGUAAGAAAUGA